AUGACCACCGUAAUUAGGGUACAAAACCAGGAGACUGGGAGCAGCACACAUACAACACAAGAUGAUAAACCUCCCUCACUGGGAUGCUUUGGCUGGUUCAUUAUCUUUAUCGCCAUCAUUAUCACCAUAGGGUUGCUUCCUGUUACCAUGUUUAUGUGCAUCAAGAUUGUGAAGGAGUAUGAAAGGGCUGUGAUCUUUCGAUUAGGUCGUAUUGUGGACAAGAAACCAAAAGGACCUGGAAUUUUCUUUGUGCUGCCAUGUACUGAUACAUUCAGGAAGGUGGACUUGAGAACGGUGACAUUUGAUAUUCCUGCUCAAGAGUUUCUGACAAAGGACUCUGUGACCGUAAGUGUGGAUGGUGUGGUGUACUUUCGUGUCUUUGACCCGAUCUGUUCCGUGGCCAACGUGUCGAAUGCAGACCAUGCAACACGGCUGUUGGCACAGACCACCCUGCGAAAUGUUCUGGGCACAAAGAGCCUGUCAGAGCUGCUGUCUGACAGAGAGGGCAUCUCAUACAACAUGCAGACGGCCUUGGAUGAGGCCACUAGCGUGUGGGGCAUUAAAGUGGAGCGAGUGGAGAUAAAGGAUGUUAAACUGCCCAUCCAGCUUCAGAGAGCCAUGGCAGCAGAAGCUGAAGCUGCUCGAGAAGCACGUGCAAAGGUGAUUGCAGCUGAGGGUGAGAUGAAUGCCUCGCGGGCACUGAAGGAAGCGUCUCUGGUGAUCUCUGAGUCACCGUCAGCUCUGCAGCUGCGAUACCUCCAGACUCUAAACGCCAUAGCAGCAGAAAGAAACUCCACCAUUAUCUUCCCCGUGCCUAUUGAUCUCAUUCAGCAUUUCACAUCAAAAAAGAAUGAAUGAUUUCCAGAUUUCCAUGAUUCUAGUAUUUUCAAAAAGCUAUAAUGUGAUGUUUUUUUUCUUCCUUUUUCUGUGAAACCGAAUUCAGUGAGAAAUAAUGCUGCCUUUGAAGGAAUAAUUCACCCAAAAAUGAAAAUAUGCUGAAAAUUAUCUUGUCCUCAGGCCAUCCAAGAUGAGUUAGCAUCCUCCGUUGUGAGUGGGCGCCAUCAGAAUGAGUCAAAACAGUUGAUAACAACAUCACAUUAACAGUUUAGUUAAUAAAGGGUGACCGACAUCACAAUAAUCAACAGCAAUCCACACAACUCCGGUCCAUCAAUUAACAUCCAAGGUGUUAAUCCAAGGUUUUUUAACUUCAAAUGACUUCAGAUGAUUAGUUCAUACUAAUAUAAUAAUAUAUAAUCAAUAAUAAUACAUCAGUUAAUAUUGUUUUUCUAGACUCUUGAAAACGGUCU